AUGCGCGGCAAUCCGCCGCUGAGGUUCACCAACGAGUAAGUUCACAUCACACAGUUCGCACUUAGACCUCAUUAUUUUCAUACAACAAAAUGCUUCUUCCGUGUGCGUCGGCGAGAAAUGCGAUAUGAACUCCACUCGCAUCUCUUGGUGAGAUGUCGCUCUAAAUUGCUGCAUAUUCGUCUCUCCACUGGUUCUGAAAGAUCGCUAUUUGUGAAUCAGAAACGUUCGUGUUUCGAAACGCUCAGGAAAAGACUUCCUCGACACUUCUUUGUGCUAAAAUGACAAGAAGUGUUUCGUUAAUCUUCCUCACUAAGAUUGCGCCGUGAACCCACAAGACAAACUGAUCCUUAAUCAAGGAAGCUUUGAUUGAUCUAUUUAUCGUUAGCCGCCGCACUAUGAAUUUUUUCAUUCGUGCUACGCUCAGAUCAUUUCGAUAGUGAACCAAGCGCCACAAGGGUAAACAAAGGAUACAUUUCUCUAUUAGAACCCAGGAACUUUCUUUGCCCCCGGUCAAUAUGGCGAACCGUGUGAUGGAGACACAAUAAUUGUAUUCAUGAUCACAUGCUCGAACACGGACUAUGAUCUGAUGUGUGCGUAGAUGCGCAGGAUACGUGUUAUGAAUCUGAACUCGUAGUUAACUGUUGAGUCUUUCAUUUUUAAAAAGGUGUCUAAGUGAAUGGUGCAAAUUUUCGGUCGUCUGCCAGUUUUUUUCAUCAUGAUAAUUCAUAUGAAGGUGGUAUGUCACAGAAUCGAGGCGAGGUCAUCGAAGGAUCUUUAAGACGAAAUUAAUUCUCGGAAAGGUUUGAAUUAUCAGGUAAUUUGACCAAAAUUUUAUAACACAAUAGAUAAAAAUGAAAAUUUUGCAUUCAUUCCUCUUUUUAAAACGUCGAGUUUUACAGAUUUGUUGAUUCAGCCUGUGAGCUGUGUUUGGACAACAAGAAUGGUAGAAACAAAAACAGGUGUCUUUGGUUACUAUCGAGUGCGGAGAACUGAUCAAGCCUCUAUCGUAAAAUAUCGCAAAGAGCAAUAAGGAAAAAGUUACAGAAAAAAGCGUUAAACCUCGCUCGGCAUUGUAAGUAUAACCUCUGUUUUCAUGAUCUUGAGAACAAAAGAAAACUUGAUAUAUCGACAAUAAUUAGAGCUGCUUGAACUAUACAGUUAUAUAGUUGGUAGGGGAGAUGUUAAUUUUAAUGUAUCGCUUCACUCAAUUUUGAGACUCGAUAGUGAUCAGCAUUUGGAGUAUACCUAGCAUCUUAAGAAUAAAAGUCGGCUAUACUGGCGGUCUACCGCCGCCUGUAAAGGUUUCUGUUAGGUUUCCCCCUUACAGCCCCUUUUCUGGGCACAGCUGCCUCUCACACUAUCGUUACGUAGCCGCCUAUGCAGAAAUUUGUUGAAACCCCUGGAUAAACUUAAAUACUUUGUGAUGAGUUCUACCAAAGGCAAAUAAGAUAAUUGCACUGAGGUUUUAAGAUUGUGGUUUAACCCGCGUCAACUUACUUGUGAUUCAGUGUUAUGUUCCCAACUUGAUAUUUUGCGGUUUGAGUGGCCCAUGCAUUUUCUUUUUAAAUAUUCCCCGCAUAGCAGAAACUAAUUUUUUUUGUUUUGUUUUAAGGGAAAUAAAGAUGGCGUUAAUAUACACGAUCAUAUUUCUGUUGUUUGUACCUGGUAAGACUGAAUGGAUUUGAUAACGUUAAUAACACAGCCCUUAUAACCUAAUUAUGUAUCGAGGGAAAAUUAGAAUUUGUGAUAGUUUCGAGCUCAGAUUGUGAUAGAUAUUUAAAUCAGCUUUUCCGAUGUAAACGAACGAUUUUCACAGAGAUUCGUUUGACCAGUAGACUGUGACUCUGAAUUGUCAUUUUCACACCUAUCAUACUUCUGCGAGGUCGAUGGAAUUGUUCGAGUAUCGUUCAGGAAAGGACAAAAAAAUUUGCGUUUAGAGUGUGAUAGACUCGUGGAAGGCUCCUUUGCCUCAGUGGUAAAGAACAUCCGAAGUACCAAUCAAAACAUUUUAUGUUCGACUCCUAUCGGGAGUAAUUGGAGUUCUUUUUAUCCGAGUAUGCCUGCAUGUGUUAUUCACUGAAUACAUCAGUCAUCUUUCACUUGAGCACGCCAUCUUCGAACAUUUACAUCAUCAAGAUUUUACCUGUUGGAACAGCAGCUACAAUGAACUUGUAUCAAACGUAAAAAGAGCUACUCAAGACGUCUGAUUACCAUACCUGUAUUCUAUUAAACAAAUAUCUCUAUCAUUUGUCAUUUUUUUCCUUUUUUAGCCAGCCUUGCAGACGGACUAUUUGAAAUAUUACUUCCUAAAAAUACGAGUUUAUGGGUCGCAAAUGGAAAGGCAAGGCGAGUCACCUUCGCAUAUGAUCAGGGGGAGGUCGACAACUGGAAUGUGGAACUUACGGACGGCAGAGAUCAUACUGCUCAUACGUACUCAACUGAUAUAAUAUUUCCGCAGAAAAUUGGCGAAAAAUUAGUUUAUGUAAAGCAAGUACACGUGCCUGAGACCUUGAAAAGUGGCGAAUACAAGGUGAAAAUAUGUGGAUUGCUUAAAGAUGGCAGGAAACUGUGUCAAAAGUCUGAUGCGUUUCACAUCGAAGGCGAUCAAAUGGAAUGUAAGCAUAACAAUUUACAUGCAGCUAAUGAGAGUAAAUGUUUGGAUUUUAGAGUGAGUUUUUCUACGUAUUAUCGUGAACAUUGUCUAAUUCAUUUAGCCAACGACUCAGAGGAAUUUGGUUGGUCGGGCCUAUGGGGAAAAUCCGCGGCACCCAUCGGUCAUGAAUUAGCUGGGUUUGCGCAGCGGUCAAGCGCAUGCAGGUUCUUAAGAUAGACGCUGUGUAUUUGAUUCGAGUUCGAGUGUUUACGGGCUUAACACUGAAUUUCAAAUUCACCAUACUCUGGUGUUGCUUCUUCAAACUGGCUCUCAUUUAAAAGACUUGAAGCUGUGAUCACGAUGGUAUUCUAUAAAUUCAAGUCAUGGCAAUUAGAAUGCGAUCAUUUUGGGUAGUUGAAGGGUAUUAUCGAGUUUAAAAAUGGCUUGAUGACUCGUUACAAAAUUAGAAAUACAUUUUUCAAGCCAUACUAAAUCGAGAGUCAUCUUUUUAAAUGUGUGAGAUUAAGAUAGUGAGCACUUAGAGAUAGAAAAAAACAUUUAAGGUCUUAUCCUAAAGCGCUGACGAGGAGAAUUUGUCAGACAAUCGAGAGCUUUUUUAGUCGGUGAUCAUUUCCUUAUAUUUUUGUGAUCUAAAUGUUUGAUUAAGGGUUGAUAUUUUAGGGGAAAAUUAGAUAUUCGUCACUCUUACAGGUCAAAAGGGUUACUGAAAUGAGUGUAAGAGGGAAGGGAUGAUUUAGUCCUCUACUGUGUACGAUCCCAUCUGAUUCACUUUCAAGAAAAGGGGAAACUAACUGAUAACAGAAUAACUAGUCAGGCCCUCAAAUGUCAAUGAGACAUAAAUGAGGAAUUACAUCAUAAGAACACCCUGCCUAUCUCUUUCAUCAUCAUCAUCAUCAUUUAUCAUUUAUUAGCCUCUUCAGAUAUAACAUCUAUAGAGGUUUAACAGUAUGGAGGGGCGAAGAGACCUCCAAGAAACCACCAGGCUUAUGGGGGAGGCCACUUCGGUUGUCAAUGAAUUAUGGAUGUGGAUGUGCGGCUUGGCCAAUUCGGACUCAUUUCAUUGAAAAACCGAUCAUCUUUCCUUUAAAAGUAAAAAAGCUAGUCAAACCAGUAUUCGAUAGUGGGAAAGAAUUCCAAAUUUUAGGACAUUGGUAGAGUAUUGUAAAUUGUUUAAGACUAGUACGACAAGUUCCUACUUUAAGUCAGGUCAAGAAUGAGUGAAACUAUAACGGAGAAGAAAAUAAAUUAAUAAGUUCUAAGCUAAAAUCGUUAUUUCUUCCUUCCUUGUUCAAAGCUUCCCGUAACAAAGAUGACCUUCAGCCGCACGAAAAGAGAUUUAGAUCCAGACUGAGCGCUUUUGAAGAUUAUUUACGGAAACUGGACGUAGUGGACAUCUGGCCGAUACACGAAACACAUUGUACUAUCCCAAAGAUACAUAAACCCAGCAAAGAAGAGUUCACUGAGAAAUGCAUGAAACCAGGUACUGGUUGUAAUUCAUUUUCUUUGUCGCUGGCAUUCAGUUGAUUCUACAAUUACAGAGAAGGUAAAUUUACAUUACGCGAUCGUUAAGUGAUUUUACUUUAAGUUGUUAAAAGCGAAGGUUUUCCUUAAGCAGGGCUAUUGCACCGUGAGCUGCGGUUCAAUCAUCUUUUGCCACACAAUGCUAACAAACUAAGCGCGACUUAGAUUUUCAAAUUCCCCUUGAUUUUAUUACGCGUUCAACUGAUUCCUAUUGUGUGAUAUUAAAUAGCUUACCAAACACUUUUACAGACAACUUAGGUAUUGUGUGAAUCUCCGAUUUAAGUCUUGAAUAACGAAUGAACAUUUGUAGGUCAGGCUUGUAUUAUAACGGGCAUGAUGGAAAACUGGAAAGCCAUGGACAAGUGGCUGUUUGAGACAUUCCAGCAUGAUCCUCGCAUAGAGGACGGCGUGUAUAUUGGUCAGAGGUUAACCCCGGUGCCACUAACAAAUUACGUGAAGUAUCUGAAGGAGAGAGCCGCCAACGAGACUGCACCGUGGGUUAUCUUUAUGUCAGAUGUGUUUGAUCUGUAUCCUGAGCUGCGAGAGGUAAAUUUUUGAGGGACGGUGUUUCAGGGGAGUGACGGAUAUAAUUUAUCAGUAGCUUUCUUAAGUAUGUAUAAUUUAUAGAAGUAUUGCGUUUAUUGAAGAUGUAGCUGGCCUUGUCGUAUAGGAAAGUCAUAAGAGCUCGUAUCACAUGCAGUAUAAUUUUCAUUGUCAAUACAGUGGCAUUCAGUCGUCUGCUGCAUCUAUUACAAACAACACGACAAAUUUUGGAAGCGAAGUAGACUCUAACCCGCCUUAUCACGUUUAAUAAUGGCAAAACUUGCAAACAUUGGUGAUUGAUUCUCAUGCCUGCCUACUCACACACUAGUUUCUUUAGCAUGGGAAAUGUAAGAGAAUUGUUGCUCUUCCUGUUGUGGCUGUUAAUUUGUCGAAGUAACCCGAGGAUCGCUUUCAUAUUCACGUCUUUAUCCACAGUUCACAUGUGAUUUUCAUAUAUUCACAGUUAUUUAUUCAACACUUCACGGGUUUAUUUGAAACCAACAUAAUGAACAGCACCCAUUUGGAUUGUUAACUCAGUUGGUAAAGCACUGCACCGGUAUCGCAGAAAUCAUGGGUCCAAAUCCCGUACAGGUCUGAAUUUUUUUUCCAGACCUUAUUUUCACUACUGCUCAAGUAGCGUUCAUCACUGCGAAGAUUGAUUUCAUAUUCACGUCUUUAUCCGCAGUUCAAAUAUAUGAUUUUCUUAUAUUCACAGUCAGUUAUCAACUCAGUUGAUAAUACUAAAUUACCCUGUUAUGCUCUCCCACCGACACUAGAACACACUUUUUUUCAUAAACUUACCCCCUUUACUCCUACAAUGGACUUUCUUUUCAAAUUAGAUUUUUAAAUUUGUACUCUUUCUUGUCAAUGCAGGACUACAUCAUCCCAGACUUCUUUGCGGAGUCAGAUGACUUCAUGAACAAUGUGGACGAAGAGCUUCGCCUUGACUGGCGAUGGAUUAUCAUGGCUGCCAAACGGAGUGGCUCAGGAUGGCACGUAGACCCUGCCAAUACAACUGGCUGGUUGGCUCUGGUACAAGGGGCUAAAUUAUGGGGCAUGUACCCUCCCUCGGUCUACCACAUUCCAGGUAAGCGAUGAGGAAAGCUAAGUGGACAGCCUUAUGUCUGACGAGUAAGAGAGGGUCGAUGGCAGCUGAACCUUAGGAUCUGCAUGCUCUCUAUUUCCUGACUCAGUAUAGUGCCAGGUAUAUAUAGGGUGACCAGAAGAUUUCGAAGAAUAAUCAAUGAUGAUCAAUCUCGUUUUAGCGAAGCAACAACAUUUGAUAGUUUACUUUAAGAUGCCUGCUAAAACUUUCUUCUUUAGAACUGCAGCCUUCCAAACCCCCUCCCAAUCCUCGCUUUCGUUAAAAUUUCGAGUUGUAAGAGAUACAGAGGGACAGACCAUAGGGAAUGAGAUUUUUGUCCACCUGUAUGUACAUGGCCGCUGAGGAGUCCAACGGGUUUGUGUGAAGUUUUGAGGGAUCGCUAGGUUUUGUCCCCUUCAAAGAACAACAGAUACUGGCCCAAAACUGUGCAAAUAAAGGAGAUUACCGCAAGCUUUAAUUUUUUUAAUCAUAUAGGUGUGAAGAAUAAUUACUACCAAAAAAGAGACUAUGACAUGGAGGAUGCGUUUUACUGGUGGAUUUACACCCGACCGUAUUUGGUAUGAACCUCGAGUUAAUCUUUUAACUCCCAAGAUCUGACGUUUCUUCUCCCCUCUUGUUGCUAUACAUUUCCUUCUUGAUUAGUUACGAGAAUUUGGUAUUAGACCAAGAUAACAACUUUUCCCUGAUAAGCAUGAGUAUUCUUAUAACCUGUGUGAUGGAUAACGUUGAUAUGUUAUACGGAGAAGUUACCGUGAUGUUAAUUACCACUGAUAACUUCUAUACAGAUUUAUUUUGAACUUUGACUGCAAACAGCUAAUACGUUGGUGAUAUCUAAAAGAUUAUGGUAAAAUGUAAAUGUAAAAUGAAUCUUGGAGGUAACGUAUAUCGUUGCAUAACACAAAAGCUAUGUUUCCCGAGUGAAUUUUUUUAACAGAUCAGGGAAAAAAAUAAGUGAAACAAAACAAUUUGAAAGAUUGGGAAAGUCAAUGAAUGGAAGGGUAGAUUCAGGAUUGAAACACUAAAGGGCAAAAUGGAGAUGAUAGACCAAAUAAAGGGCAAGAAUACAUGAUACCACAGCAUGAAAAAGGAACUAUAGACAAAUCUUAUCAAUCGCACUCAUCGUAUCAAGUUUCAAUGACAAAUACCUUUGAAUUUUGAUCGUUUUCAUGAUCAUGAUCACAAUCGUUAUCGUUACCAGAAGGGCAACCUUCCCAUAGAGUGUGUGCAGAAGCCAGGUGAUAUCGUAUUUAUACCGACCGGAUGGUGGCACAGUGUCCUCAAUCUGGACGACACUGUUAGCGUUACGCAGAAUUUUUGUAACAAAUACAGGUGAGAUCUAUUACACCUAUUUACGCGUUGCGUGCAUGAUUUAAUUUGAUAAUUUAGACAAUCUCGUUCACAGAUUUUGAGCUUGGCACUAGAUGUUGACGUGGACACUUUCGCCUACCACUGUUUUUCUCCGUUCAGUUUAGCUACUUUUUCUCUUGUUUAAUCACGAAAUUGGACUUUGGUCUAAAAUAUAACGUAGUACACCCAAAUUUGAUUUCACAAAUAACAUAACAUGAUUGCUUAUGAUUUGUUUGAUUCUGCUAUCGUUCUUUCGAUGUUCGUUUGUGAGCGAAAAUUAUGAUGAUAAUGACGAUGAUGAUCAUCAUCAUCAUCAUAAACGCUAAGCGCUUUGCGGCUCCAUUUGACAUCCUUUCAAUCACCAACAAAUCGCAACAUUCGUGUAAAAAAAGAAUAUAUUUUUUUGUGUGCAGAAAUUAUGAUUGUCACUUGAUAUUAAGGAACCAACUGAGUAUAAGUAGCGGGCGUUUAUAUUUGAAAGCUGUGGACAACAAGGAAAAAAGGAUGCCUGCUGGGAAUAGGCUGGUAAAAUAAUCCUUGAACGUGCGUUCUUGGAUUUUAAUUAUGCCAUCUGUAGGGAUCAUACAAAUUUGAAUUUCGCCUUGUUUUUGAUGAGCAUCACACAGUGGGUUAUAACUCUUUGUUGGAGCUAUUUGUCAGCUCUUGAGGACAAAGAUAAUUGUGUUCAUAGUGCGUCAAGUGAUUUUUUAAUUAAAAAGUCUAACCUGAAUUUCAUUAUUUUUUGUUUUUAAAAAUCAGUUUGAGAAACUGCCUCAGCGAACUUAAGGAACAGGCAGACAGUGAUGGCGGCUUUAUUGGCAGAACAUUCGAACAGCUCAGGGAGUUAUACGCUACGAAAUAUCCCCAGUAUUUUGAACAGGAAGAUCUGGAUUUUGAGGCACCCGUCAAAGGACAUGGACUCACUGAAGAGGACGAAAAAUCCAGAAGACUGCAAGUUUUGAAAGACUUCCUCGCAGGGAAUACUAAAACUAUUGUUUGAGAUUAAACUGAGUGUCUGAGGGGGAGAACUGUGUAUUCUUUACCUCUCAAAGUAAUUCCUAUAUAAAUGUAAAUUCGUCCAAAUGUGCUUUGAAAUUUUUAAUUACAUCGUGACAUGUUACCAGGGCAACUGUAUGUACUCC